UUCGCUUGUGGCUGGUAAAAGCGGCGCGGGCGCAUGCGGCGCGCAGUCAGCGCAUGUGAGAUCCGUCGCGCGCACGCACCAUGCUUGUGGCAUUCGCUUGUCUUCUGGCGGUCGCCGCCGCCACGCCUGCCUUCUACAACCAGCAUCAGGAUGGCGAUUUCAACGUGCAAGCCGACGUCAAGAACGUGGUGGUACUCGUCGCCAUCCCCAAGAAGAUGCCGCUUUCAGUCUUCGAUAUCUUCUCGAAGAGUCACAAACCCCUUGAUAAGGAGCAUGAAAUCCAGGAGAGAUCCGAUUUCCGUGUGAUGGAGGCGUUCGUGGAGCCCAGCACGCCAUACCGCGUCGAGAUCGGCUCAGGCGACAGGUCUGCGAGCGAUGGCCGCGCCGUCGAGGUGGUGAUCGCUGGUCGACGCCGGCUCGAGGUCGACGCUGAAGAUCAGGAUGAGCUGAAGCUGUUAGGAGCAACGGAAAACUGUGGCCCUGAGCGUAUUAGGGACCCUGAGACCCUUAUGUGCCAGGACCGAGCGCCCGCAGAAGCCAGCGUUGCCUCCGAGCUAGAUAAGAAGAAGGAGGACAAAGCAGAAGCACAACAGACGCCUGAAGUAGUUGUUAUUACGUCAUAGUUCCCGAUCUCUGUGUUGUUGUACAUGUAGUUAAUUUAUUUCCAAAUAUGUUCGCCAUGUAAUUUAUUUAUUCCUAACUUGUUAAGUAAACCUUUUAUUUUUAUAA